GUACCGGGCCUUUCAAAAAUCCAUAAGUAGGCCAAUGUUGACAUCUCUCAACGGUGCAGAUCAAACCUCGCAAAAAAGUUGCAAAUAAUCAGAUUCAUAACACAAUUUUAGAAAAGUUAUUUGUAUAUAAGUUAUGGCAGCGAUACCUCGUCGACCUUUGCAAAUGCAACAGAGAAAUGAGGAGAACUUUGUGGAAAAAUCGUCCAAGAACAUUUCCUCGCGUGCUGGAACGAGAACUGCACUGUCUAAUAUUUCCAAUAUACAAAGAAGACCGAAUAUAGGGACUAAAGUAAAGAAGGAUGCUGUUUUAGAUAAGGCACCAGUAAAUAAAGCUUUCACAAGAGUUAAAUCCCAGACAAACCUACAGAAACCAAGGACUAAACCAACAAAAAUAGAGCCUGUUCAUGUGCUAGAGGAGGAACCACUUGGAAUAGAGGAUAUUGAUGAAAAUGACCUUAAAAAUCCAACACUUUGUGCAGAAUAUGUUAAAGACAUCUACAGACACAUGCGAAAAGCAGAGAGACGAUUGCAAACUGGAGAUUAUAUGUCGAAACAAAGUGAAAUAAAUGUGAAAAUGAGAAGCAUUUUAAUUGACUGGCUUAUUCAAGUUCAGUCUCGCUUCAAUUUAUUACAAGAAACUCUUUACUUAACCGUUUACAUAAUUGACAGGUUUUUAGAUAAACAUGAUGUCAUUCGCUCAGAACUUCAACUGGUUGGUGUAACCGCUAUGCUUUUAGCAUCUAAAUAUGAAGAAAUGUUUGCUCCAGAAAUUGGAGAUUUUGUAUAUAUUACUGAUAACGCAUAUUCAAAAAUCAAAAUUCGAUCAAUGGAGCAAAAAAUACUUAGAGCAAUUGAAUACGAUUUUAGCAAUCCUGUUUGUCUCAACUUUUUAAGAAGAAACUCGAAAGCUGGAGCAGUUGAUGCACAAAAACAUACUCUCGCGAAAUAUUUGAUGGAAUUGACUUUAAUAGAUUACAACCUUGCAAGAAAAUUACCUUCAGAGAUUGCUGCAGCUGCUUUAUACUUGUCCAUCAGUCUCAUAGAUGAAUCUGAAUGGACUCCAACGUUGCAACACUACAGUGGAUAUUCAGAAGAACAGAUUUUGCCAACAGUCACAGAAAUGGCUGCCUUAGUUCUCACUGUUGACACGUCCAGAUAUCAAGCAGUAAAAACGAAAUAUUCCGCCACAAAAUUUUUAAAAAUAAGUAGACUACCAGAACUUAAAGGUCCAUUAAUCAAGCAUUAUGCUGGUAACUGACAAAAAAACAUUGUAGAUAUAUUUAUGAACGACAUGCAAUUAACACUCUCGGAACAGUGAACCCUGAUUUUAUCAUUUAUAUGGGUCAAUUGUAAAAAGUAAUUGUAUUUUGUAACUUUUUUUGCUGAAAAUAUAUGUUUUUAACAAUAA